UGUCAAAAUUUAUCCGACUGUCAAUUAACCGUCAACCUCUCAUGCACUAUAAAAAUAAUAUUGAUAUUAUUAUUCCAUCUGUUGCUUUUUAUGUUAUUCAUAUCGUGUUCAAUACACAUGUUAGUAAUUAAUUUAAUUCAUUAAAAAAUAAAUAUGCAGACUCUCUAUCUUUUUAGUAUACAAUAACGAAAUAUACAAUGUAUUUCGACAAUACCGGGUUAGCCGUAGUAGGCGCUCCAGAAAAUCCUGGCUUAGUGGGAAUAGAUGGUGACUAUCUACAAACACAUUGCAUUUUAGCAGAUGGAGGUGAUAGAUUUGGGGUUUCAGCCCUAACUUUUGAUAAACAUGAAGAACUUUUGUGGAUGGGGAAUCAGGGAGGCCAUGUCACAUCUUAUAUUGCACCAGGGUUAUCAAAAUAUACAUCCUUUCAAAUACAUGCAUCUGAAGAAGUGAGACAAAUUUUAACUUUAGAUGAUGGUAUUCUAGCAUUGACUUCUAGUACUUUGAGAUAUCAAAUUCGGAGAGGAAUACCUGUAUAUACACAUACCUCUCCAAACAUGAAUGAAAUGCAGUGUAUUUUACAAAUGUCGCCAAGCAGAUUUCUGUUAGGCAGUCAUCAAGAAAAAUUAAUAGAUUUUAAUCUGAGUGUAGGCAAAGAAACUAUACUGACCGAUGUAGGUGAGGGUUGUGUAAUGUUAAGACCACACAGUAGAUUUGUGUGUGCUGGCAACCCAUUGGGACGUAUAGAUCUACGAGAUCCUAAUACUUUAAAUGUUGAGCACAGCAUUGAUACACAUACUGGCAGUCUCAGUGAUUUUGAUGUGCAAGGGAAUCUGCUAGUGACUUGUGGUUUCAGUAAUAGGCAUAAUGCAUUAGCUGUUGAUAGAUUUUUGAUGGUUUAUGAUUUGAGAAUGUUAAGGGCUGUAUCUCCCAUGCAAACAGUUUUAGAUCCAUUCUUUUUAAAAUUCAUACCAUCAAUAUCUUCCAGAUUAGCAGUUGUAUCUGUUAUGGGACAGAUACAAUUACUAGAUACUAUAGCUUUGGUUGAACCCAAAUUGUGCCUAUUUCAGAUGGAAAAUCCAGGUGCGAUGUGUUUAACAUUUGAUAUAUCAUCUAGUAAUCAAAUAAUGGCAUGUGGAGACAGUUCUGGUCACAUUCAUGCAUUUUCACAUUCCAAAUCCACAGACCCUGUGGUUAAUACUUACUCUAGACCAUGUGAAAUGCCUGACACUCCUAAUGUUUAUCCAAGUUUUGGCAUUGAUGACUACAAUACACCUCUUUCUGUUAUUCCAAUGCCUAUAGUUCCACCAGAAAUACCAUUGGCGUCUGAUUGGCCUCAACAUCUUAUACAAAAACUUUACAGAAAACCCGUAGGUAUUGAUGCAGAAAUCCUUUCUUCAAUGAAAUUGCAGGGUCCUAUUGGUUAUUCCCCAAAUCCAAAAUCAACUCGACGAAAUCAAGUACCAUAUGAUUUUACACAAAACGGGUUUCCUAAUAAUUAUUCGCAUUUGAAUAAAAGCCCAAAACACCACGAGGAGAAUGGUAUCUUCAUUGCCAUACCAAAAAGAUAUAGGAAAGUUGAUGUUAAAUAUAAUAAGUUGGGUACUGAUGAAUUUCAAUUUGAUCACUAUAAUAAAACUAGUUUUUCCGGAUUGGAAGCUACUUUGCCUAAUUCUUAUUGUAAUAGUAUGUUACAGGUUUUGUAUCACAACGAAUCACUGAGAGCAGCCCUGUUGACGCAUAUAUGUACAAAAGAGUUUUGCCUCUCCUGCGAGUUGGGAUUUCUCUUCCACAUGUUAAAUACGUCAUCUCAAAAUCAACCUUGCCAACCCGGCAACUUUCUUAGAGCAUUUCGAACUGUGCCAGAAGCAUCAGCUCUUAGUUUGAUUUUGAGCGAUCUGCAUCCGGACGCUAAGCAGAAAAUAGAACUGUCUGCUUUAAUUCAAAGCUGGAACAGGUUUAUUUUACAUCAAAUGCAUGUUGAAUUAUCAGAAACCAAAAAUAAGGAAGACAGAAAAGCUAAUAGAAAGUUAUUUAUUUACAAAGAAACCGAUUUUCCAAGCAUUUCUGGUGAGAAAUUUAAAGAAAAAAGAGCGGCAGGAGAUUUAGAAAUAAAAAUGGAAGACGAAAAAAGGGAAGAAGUGUCCGAAGUUAGCCAACUAUUUGGUACUACACAACUGCAAUUAAACACUUGCCUUAAAUGUGGUAAUGAAGUUAGAAAAGAGUCUAUUCUCCUGGCAUGCAACCUGAUCUAUCCUUCUAUUGAUUCUGACAAAGAUGAAUGGAGUUUUUGUGAAAUUUUAAAGAGAUCUCUUUGCCCGCAACAAACUACACCUGCUUGGUGUGAAAAAUGCCAAAAAUUUUCACCUACAUCUCAACAUAGGGUGUUACAGUCUUUAUCCAAUGUCCUUUCAAUCAACACCGGUCUUCACCACGCGCAACACAAGCAAUUCUGGCAAACCCAGAUGGACAAAGUCGUCGCUAAAGUUUCAAAUAUGGAGGUAAACAACAGAGCUUCGACCCCUACCUCUGCAUUGGGCUCAUCGAAACCUUGCAGAUACGGAGAUCACUGUUCGAGACCAGGAUGCAGGUUUAGGCAUAGUUUCGAUAACGCUGUUCCCACCCCCCCGUCUAAAAACCCCUAUUGCAGUAAUAAUUGGCUACCUCACAAAGUUCAGUUGACGCUUAAAAAAGACGAAUUAGAAAUACGGAAGAUUGAUGAUGAGGAAAAAAUGGAUACUCUUUCUUCACCAAAACCUGAUACCCAAACAAAAAAAUACGAUCUUACAGCCGUUGUUUGCUACAUAAAUGACCAGUCAUUUCCCGAAAAACGCAACUUAGUGGCUUUAAUACGUGUACCUGAUUCAUAUUUAAAAGAAAAAGACAAAGAAACUCCGGAUCAAAGGUGGUACCUGUUCAACGAUUUCAGUAUCAGUCCGGUUUCCUCUCACGAAGCAACGUGGUUCAGCUUGGAUUGGAAAGUACCAUGUGUGUUGUAUUAUUCGUCACACGAGGUGCUUAGAAAUAUUGCAGAAGUUAAACAACAUUUGUCAAGGGAAGUUCUUUCAGAAGAUACUUCCAUUACUAGUGGUGCAAACGCCCGAGGAACAUCGUUUACCCCUUUGCAAGAUAACGAAAUUUUGAAACCAGGUGAUUUAGUUGCCAUGGAUGCGGAAUUCGUUACAUUAAACCAAGAAGAAGCGGAGUUAAGAAGCGAUGGAAAAAUGUCUACUAUAAAACCCUCCCAGAUGUCUGUGGCUAGAAUAACCUGCAUUAGAGGAUCCGGCAAUUUGGAAGGAACACCGUUCAUAGAUGACUAUAUUUCUACUCAAGAACAGGUUGUGGAUUAUUUAACCAAAUUUUCUGGUAUCAAACCCGGAGAUUUGGAUGCUAACUUUAGUUCAAAGCAUUUAACUACUUUAAAGUCUACUUAUAAAAAAUUAAGAUACUUAAUAGAUAGUGGUGUGAUUUUUGUUGGCCAUGGUCUCAAGAACGAUUUUAGGGUUAUCAAUUUAGUUGUUUCACCCGAGCAAGUAGUAGAUACAGUUCAAUUAUUCCAUUUACCUCAUCACAGGAUGGUGUCACUGCGGUUUUUGGCCUGGCAUUUUCUAGGCAUAAAAAUCCAAUCGGAGACACACGAUUCCGUCGAAGAUGCACGCGCCGCCCUCCAACUGUUUAAGAAGUACAAACAACUCGAAGAGCAAAACAAGGUUGGUGACGCGUUGGCCGAAUUGUAUGAAACAGGUAAAUUGUUAAACUGGAAAGUGACGGAAGAUUAAAAGGUUUAAGCUGUGUCGAUUUGUGGGCUGUUUCUAACCGGGAAAAUAUGUUGAUUACUUAAUGAAUGGGUGGACAAUUAAUUAUUAGGGUGAUUGGAAAGUCAUGACCGUAAAUUGGAAGAUUUUCACAAGAUGUUAAAAUAUAAUAUUUUCUUUUGUAUAACGUGAAGACAUAUUCAAAACCUGCAUGCAGUUACUUUAUUUUUAAGAAAUCAUAUUUACAUGCAGAAAUUAUUUAAUAUUAAAUAAUUUGCAAAAAUUAUGUGAAUUCUGUAUUCUUAAUUUGCUCGUUAUAUUUUGUAAAAGUCCUUCUUAUUUUAUUUAUCAUAUUUUUUGUAGCAACUGUAAUUUUUUUGUAAUCUAUUAUAGAUGCCAAAAUGUUUAAACUACCUGAUAAUGAAAUAAUUAGACAAUUAUGACCGAAUUACAUGCCUACAAUAUACCUACCCACCAGUAUAAUAUUCAGAUCUAUUUCUCAACCACUUCACACCCCUUAUACACUGACUGUUUUAACUUUCAUACAACUCUACUCCUAGGUUAAUGAAAUCAAUUUUAAAAAUCAAAAAAUUUGAAAAUUAUAUAGGCAUAUCAAAAAAACUAACAAUAAUCGCGUAUCACAUUUGGUAUUUUUAAAAAAAUGAAUGAAUGAUUGUUGCUAAAAUUUCAGGAUAAAAGGGACCAAACAUUAUUUUAUUUCUUUUCAAAAUUGUCCUCUCAGUCAUACAUAGUUUUUCAUGCUAAUAAAUCAAUUUGUAUAGUCUUUAAUUUCAUUUUUAAAUGCUUGAACUGCAUUUCCUGGUGUUUAGAAUCGUUUAAUCUUGAAAACAUAAAGAAGUAAUUAUGAUUUAAACCAGGGGUGUAUGGAGAAUGAGAUAUUAAUUCCAAUGUCUAUUGUGAUGUGUAUGAGGUAAGAUUUUGCAUUAUGAUAAAAAAUGGUUCGUUUCUAUUUCUUUUACGAAUUUCAGAUAAAAUUUCUAAGUCCAUAUACAAUUAGUAUCGACAAGUCCUAAUUUGGUACAACAAUUUUUUUUGAUGUGUUAAAUUAUUUUGAUGAAAAAUCUGAUUUUAUUUUUUAAUAUUUUUUACACACAAAAAAAUUUUUUUUUGAUGUUUUAAAUAAACUAUUUCGAUGAAAAAUCUGAUUUUCUACAAAAACUUCCUAUUAACUAUACCUAAAUUUUGCUUCGUUUUCGAAAUAUUAUUGAGAAAUUGUAAGGGUUGCAUUUUUACCCCAAUUUUCAAUUUCCACCCUCUAAUUCAAUAGCACUUUUUCAUCUUUAAUGACCAUGUGAUAAAAUGCCCACUUUUUUAGGACAUAAUUAAUAGCCUAUUACAGAAUUAACUUUUUCUGAUGUUUUUGGUUAACCAUCACGAAAUUCAUAACUUUGGCAAUGAAAAAUGUUAAUAACGUGUUUAAUAACGAAGAUCCAAUUUUAGAUUGAUACACUCAUUUUUGAUAUAAUUAUUAAUAAAAAUAUUGAAUAAUUAAUCUUCACAUCUUGAUUUUUAUUGAUAAUAUUAAAAUAACGUAAUUGAAUUUCUCAAUAUUUUUACAAUUUGCAACUUUUAUUUGUUAGCAACAAUGUCAUCUUAUAUGGUAUUUGUAAC